AUGAAGGGCACAUUGAUCCUCUCUGGCCUUCUGGCCACCACUGUCUCGGCUCACAUUCAGAUGAGCAAACCAUACCCUAUCCGCAGUCCCCUCAACAAGGACGCCAAGGGCCAGAAGGAUUAUUCUUACACUAAUCCUCUCUCCACCUCGGGUAGCGACUACCCAUGCAAAGGAUACGCCGAUGAUGACUUUGAGGCCGUGGCUACAUGGCAACCAGGCUCCUCCCAAGAGAUACAGCUGGAAGGAAGUGCCGUCCACGGUGGCGGCUCAUGUCAGCUCGCCCUAACUUAUGACAAGGGGAAGACCUUCAAGGUCAUUCAGUCGAUGGAGGGUGACUGCCCUAUUGAUAAGAAAUACGAAUUUGAGGUCCCCUCGGACGCACCAAGUGGCGAUGCUCUAUUUGCUUGGACCUGGUUUAACAAGGUCGGCAACCGCGAGAUGUACAUGAACUGUGCUAUGAUCACCAUUGGUGGCUCCGGAAACCGUGAGGCCAAGGAGAAGAACACCAAGAAGGAACACAACAACAACAACAAGUCGAACAACCAGACACCUAACAACAAGCCCAAUAGCCACACCACAAACGCCAAGAGCAGCUUCGACAGCCUCCCUGACCUAUUCCUUGCCAACGUCGACCAGGCUGGCAAGUGUGUGACCAUCGAGGGCGAGCCCGUUCACUUCCCCAAGCCCGGACCCAAGCUCAUCGGCAAGGCUGAGGGCCCUGGCUACAAGUGCUCCGAACAUGCUCCCUUCCUCGACGGCGACUCCAACUCUAAGUCCACAAGCACAUCGUCUAAGUCUGAGACCAAGUCCGAGGCAAAGCCCACCACCACCGGCACAUCGUCUAGCACCUCGAAGUCUGAGACGAAGCCCACCACCGAGUCCGAGAAGAAGUCCUCCGCCACCAGCACUUCCUCCUCCACUGCUACCAAGGAGGCGUCCAAAAUUGCCAAGGUCUUCGGCACGCCCUCCGCCGCCGCUGACUCCCGUGUGUUCUCCACCGAGGCCUCUACCAACAACCAGUUUGUUAACUACGUCGGUCAAUGGUCUUGCCACUCUGGGGAUAUCAUCUGCUCACCUGAUGGCUUGAGCUUUGCCAUGUGCACUCACGGUAAGCCCAUCUUCAUGGGCCCCGUCGCUGCCGGGACUAUUUGCCGCUGGGGUGUUAUCACUGCUCGCCAUUAA